AUGAAAAGAUUAUUCAUACUUCCACUUCGACCUGCAAUAAAAGAGCACAUUGAUCCCUAUCAGUUUUCCUACAGAUGUAAAAGAAGCACCUUAAAUCCCGUUGCGGUUCUGCAUCAUAAUAUGGUGUUCAACUUGAAAAAGAGCAAGAAGUAUGUUCGAUGCGCUUUUCUGGACUAUAAUUCUGCUUUUAACUCUAUACUAAGACAGUGUUUAUUUAACAAGUUAGUUAGCAUCGACACUAACAGCUGGAUAACCAACUGGCUAUGUUCCUACCUGUCUGGAAGAGAACAGUACACUGUGCUAGGAGGAAAUUGUUCAAAUUCUCUACUGUCUUAUGAAAGUGUACCAGAAGGAACCGUUUUAUCACCUCUUAUUUUCUCUUUCUUUCUUCAUGAUCUGCCAUUUUCCACAGAAAACACGUUUGUCAAAUAUGCGGAUGAUCUUACUGUUUGUAUGCCGGUCUCUACCUUUUUAUAUCCCAUAGUAAUGAAUGCAUUUUUGUCUCGUAUUGAUUGUUGGUCUGUUGGUAAUGAUCUCACACUUAAUCCGUUUAAAUAUCAAGCUGUUAAUUUUAGCAUGAGACAUGAACAGCAUCUGAACACCAUUUUGGGGUCUCCUAAUGCUUGUGCUAUUAGAAACCUUCGUAAACACAGUGUCGAAGGUCAAUUAUCUAGGUGUUACCUUUUCUUCUGA